CGCCGCCUCCCCGGCUGCUUCCUUCCCGCCUGGCCGGCGCGAUGGCGAGCCUGACCCCGCAGGUGCACUGGGCGCAGCGGCAUCCCGAGCUCUACCUGCGCGUGGAGCUGAGCGACGUGCAGGAUCCUGAAAUUACCAUUACGGACAAUGUGCUCCAUUUUAAAGCUCAGGGCCAUGGAGCCAAAGGAGACAAUAUUUACACAUUCCAGAUUGAGUUCCUGGAACCAGUAAAUCCUCAGCCGGUGUGCAAAGUGACCCAGAGGCAGCUGAAUAUCACGGUGAAGAAGAAGGAGAGCCACUGGUGGGAGAGACUGACCAAGCAGGAGAAACGGCCGCUGUUCCUCGCUCCAGAUUUUGACCGAUGGCUGGACGAAUCGGAUGCCGAGUUGGAACUGAAGGCCAAGGAAGAAGAGCGGAUAAACAAAAUCAGUCUCAAGAACAGAAUCCCCAAAGACCCUUUCCGACACUUGAAGAGGGGCUAUUUGUUCAUGUACAACCUCGUGCAGUUCCUGGGAUUUUCCUGGAUCUUUGUGAAUAUGACCGUCCGGCUGUUCAUGCUGGGGAAAGAAUCUUUCUCAGAUACUUUCCACAUGAGUGCGGACAUGAUGUACUUCUGCCAGAUGUUGGCCUUGAUGGAGAUUGUCAAUACCUUGAUAGGCCUCAUCAAAGCUCCUUUAGCUCCUGUUUGUAUGCAGAUCUUUGGGAGGAAUUUUAUACUGUUUGUAGUUCUUGGAAGCGUGGAAGAAAUGCAAAGCAAAGCAGUCGUCUUCUUCAUCUUCUACAUCUGGAGCACGAUUGAGAUCAUCAGGUAUCCCUACUAUUUGCUUUCCAGCAUCGACAUAGAAUGGAAAAUUCUUACUUGGCUUCGAUACAGCCUAUGGAUGCCUCUCUACCCACUGGGAAUAUUGGCAGAAGCUGUCGCCGUGAUCCAGGCCAUUCCUAUCUUCAACAGCACCGGAAAACUCAGCUUCACCCUCAAUUAUCCGCUGAAAGUCACCGUCCCGUUUUCCGUCUUUCUGCAGCUCCAUCUCAUCUUGUUAUUCUUAGCGCCGUUUAUCCUUUUCCGUCACAUGUACAAGCAACGCCAGCGACAUCUUGGGCCCAAAAAGAGGAAAAUGCACUAAUUGGAGUCUCUUUUUUUUCUAAUCUUCCUGGAAGAUGGGUGCAGGGGGUGGGCUUUGGGCUCUUCCAAACCCUUUUCUUCGCCUGUUAACCCAAAAACCAAUUUUGUAGUCGCAAUGACACAUGUCUUCCUUGCCUGACACCAGAAAAUAGAGCCGUCCAGCUAACAUUUUCCUUUGCACCUCACUCCCUUCUCGGAUAAGCUAAACAGGGGGUCCAUGCUAAAAAUCUCUUUCUUAUGAAAUAGACCCAGACCCUUUAGUGAAAAGAAAGCUGCUUUCCGGGGGGGGAAAUAGCACAAAAACUCUGCCGCCCGAGAGAUGCAGAAAGAGAUUUCCAAAACACCAACUUGAGGAGGAUCUAAAGAACCUAGAAACGUAGUUAAGACUGAGCAGUAAGUUUCCUGUUGCUUUAAAAGAACCGAGUGGUUUGUUAGGAUCAAUUUUACUUUUUUUCCUCAUCCAGACAGCAAAAAUGACUAAAUCUAGAGGGGCAAAUUCAUUGCCCGCUUCUUCCUAGUGGCGUUCUUGUAUUAAACUUCCUGACGCACAAGUAAUAAAAUCUCAGACAAAUUUAAAAUGAGAGCAGGCCUCUGCAGGAAAACCCCAGGGAGCAGAGACCUCUUGUAAUAAGGACAGGGCUGAUUCAAAUCCUCGUAGGUUUGAAAAUGUUGGUUUCUGGUUUAAGAAUACUCACCAUGUCAACAUGCUGAAUCUACAGUACUAGAUUCUAGGAAAGGUGCCAUUCGGAUAUUAAGGGAAGAUGAUGAAGCUGCAUCUCUUUGGGUGAGAGUCACUCACAGCAAUCUGAAAAGCUUUGGAUUUUCGAGGCUAUGUGGAGUUUUUGUUGUUUCUCCAAUUGGGGAAAAUGGGUUUUGGAUCCCCCAAGUUCUGAGCUAAUUUUCCUUCUCAGCAGCGAGAGCAUUUGGUGGUGGCAUUUAACAUUUUUCACCCCUCUUAAUCUUCAGCAGGGUUCCCCCAUCCCCCCGGGUACCUGGCAGAGGGGGCUGUUAACAUAUUCGGAGUUGGGGAGGUUAACGGUUUACAGUGCAGGCACUUUGUUACGAAUCUGUGUUGGCAAGUUUUGGACAAGGCAAAUCAAAGGCCUAUUUCUAAUAAUAAAUGCUUCUAAAAACAUC